AUGAAGAUCCCUGCCGAUAAGGGAAAGCAGCCCGAGGUCGUUACCGACAGCGACGAUGAAGCUGAUUCCGCCGAUCCUGAAGACGCAGACGACGACCUCUUCGCCCAGUGCGAUCCUCUCCCUGACUGGGUACUGGAUCCGUCGGUGGACUUGCUAGCGAAGGUUUUGGAGGGACAGCUCAUCGUAUCGGAUCCUCCUCGCGCCCGGACGACUCUUCCUCUUGCGCCCCGUCUUCCAACGGGGACCAGGGAGCAACCUCCUCCCUACACGCGGGAGCUCCCUCUCGGGCAUUCUCUCGUUCAGCGCACCCCUGCUCGCCCUGAUAACCCGAGCACGUCGUCUUCGCGGCACGUCCCGCCUCUCGAACCACCUGCGGCUCCGACCCCUCCGAAGGCGUCCCCGCCCGAUUCUCCGGGCAAAGAACCGGUUGGACUCCCUCUAGGCAACCCUUCCGCCCGGGGUUUCUCAACGCCUCCCCGCACGGCGAGGUCGGCUGCGGCUACCCUUCGCAGCGCCACGCCGGGCAGCACCGUUCGACGGGUCGGAGGGGUAGUUGAUUCCUGGGACGAGUGCUUCCGCAUGACGCAACGUGUGAGCAAUGCUCGCUUCAAGGGGUUCCGGAGUCGGGAGGAGGCGGAGGCUGAUUGGGAACGCACAUUUGGUAGUUACGUCGAGACCGAAGACGGGAGGGUUGUGCCGUUGGUGGAGUGGGUGUAG